GCGCGCCAAGGCGGGAAAAGGCUUGCGCAUGCGCGGCUCGGAGCUUCGGGCUCGCCAGGAUGGGGAAGGGGAGGUGGAGUUUCCAACAGGGAACUUGACCCGUUAGCAGCCGCGGCCAUGGCGGCGCGCUCGCCGCCCUCACCGCUCCCUCCGCCCCCAGCGCGACAGUUGGGCCCCUGGUCCCCACGUGUUGGGGGGGGAACUGUGGUACACGCAGUGCGCAGCAAGUCCUCGGGUCUUGCGAGCGCAGUGCGGGAGGGCGUCGUGGACAAAAACGAUAUAUGCUGGCGGGGCGAAGAAGGGUCAGGGGGCCGGCGAGGGCCAGGGGGGGCAGCUCCGGCUCAGGCUCCCCUCCUCAGCUCGCCCAAGGGGUCCAAGCGGCUAGAGGGCAUCUCGGUAGAGGAGGCGAUGGUGACCCGGACGCAGCUGCUGGAGGAAGAGCUGAGCAGCCUAAAGGAGGAGCUGGCCCUGUGUCAGGCUGAUAAAGAAUUUGUAUGGUCUUUGUGGAAACGUCUCCAGGUGACAAACCCAGAUCUCACACAAGCAGUCAGUAUGGUUGUGGAAAGAGAAAAACAGAAAUCUGAAGCUAAAGACAGAAAAGUUUUAGAAAUUCUGCAAGUCAAGGAUGCUAAAAUACAAGAAUUGGAACAGAGAGAAACAGGACUACAAAUAGAAGUAAAUGACCUUGUAAAACGGAAGAUUGCAGUUGAUGAAGAAAAUGCUUUCUUAAGGAAAGAAUUCAGUGACUUGCAGAAGAAAUUUAAAGAUAAAAGUCAGGAAGUUAAGGACACUAAGGAGAGUAUACAGAAUAAGGAAGAGCAAAACAGACUGGUUAUAAAAAAUCUGGAGGAGGAAAAUGAGAAAUUAAGUACCCGCUGUGCUGACCUGCAAAAUGACCUGGAGAAACUGAGGAAGCAAGAAGCACAUUGGAGAAAAGAAAAACAUAGCAUUGAUGCAAAAAUAAAGGUCUUUGAAGACAAUUUAUUCGAAGCAAGGAAAGAAAUUGAAGUAUCACAGAGUAAAUAUAGCGCUCUAUCAUUACAGUUGAAUAAUAAACAGACUGAACUUAACCAGAAGGAUAUGGAUAUUACCCUUGUCAGGAAGGAGCUGCAGGAGCUGCAGAACCUUUACAAGCAGAACAGUGCGCACACAGCACAGCAGGCAGAGCUGAUCCAGCAGCUACAGGUUCUGAAUAUGGACACGCAGAAAGUCCUGAGGAACCAGGAGGAUGUUCACACGGCCGAAAGUAUAUCAUAUCAAAAACUUUACAAUGAAUUACAUAUUUGUUUUGAAACCACAAAAUCAAGUGAAACUAUGCUCCGGCAAAGUGUUGUUAGUCUUCAGGAUCAGCUAUUUCAAAAAGAGCAAGAAAAUGUUAAAUUAAAAGAAAAGCUUCAGGAAUUACAAGGAGCACCCUAUCCCUUACCGCAGGAAAGUGAUUCAGAGCACUCAGAACAGGUAUCUCAACGGCCAUCUUUAUCGAGCUUAGAAACUUUAAUGGUCUCACAGAAGUCUGAAAUUGAGUAUUUACAGGAGAAACUAAAAGUAGCAAAUGAAAAACUGUCAGAGAGCAAAUCUGCCAACAGGGGUUUCUCAGAGAAGAGCAUCUGGACAAGUACUGAAGGAAAACAUAAGGAACCACCUGUGAAACGUUCAAGGUCUUUGUCCCCAAAGAGCUCUUUCACAGACUCAGAAGAGCUGAGGAAUCUGAGGAAAGCUGAAAGAAAGAUUGAAAACUUAGAGAAGGCACUACAGCUAAAGAGCCAAGAAAAUGAUGAGCUAAGAGAUGCCCAUGAAAAACGCAAGGAAAGGCUACAGAUGUUACAGACCAACUACAGAGCAGUAAAAGAGCAAUUAAAACAGUGGGAAGAAGGCAGUGGCAUGACUCAUAUCAGAAAAAUAAAGAGAGCAGAUCCCCAACAACUUCGACAAGAAGAUUCUGAUGCUGUGUGGAACGAACUGGCCUAUUUCAAAAGGGAGAACCAGGAGCUUAUGAUUCAAAAAAUGAAUCUUCAAGAAGAAUUGGAUAAACUUAAAGUACGUAUAUCUGUUGAUAAGGCAACAAUACAAGAAUUGAAUACGUGUAUGGCAGAGAAAAGAGAAGAGCAACUCUGUAGAUACGGUGAAGAUGAUGGGGUCAAGAAGAGUACUCCAGAGAAGAAUGGGAAAGAAAUGUCAGAGCAGACAUUGCAGAAGGUCAUUGAAUUGGAAGAUCGGCUAAAAUCUUUUGAGAAAGGGUCAAGAAAAAUAAAAGAAGGAAAUAAAAAAUUAAUGAAAGAAAAUGACUUCCUGAAAUCCCUUUUAAAACAGCAACAAGAAGAUGCAGAGGGCAGAGAAAAAGAACUAGAACAGCUACAAAAGGGGAGUAAAGAAGUAGAAAAAGAUAAAGCUGAACUUCAGGUAAAAAUCAGUGAGCUGGAGAGAGAAGUCACUUCCCUAAGGAGACAAGUGGCAGAAGCUAAUGGGUUGAGAAAUGAAAAUGAAGAACGGAUGAAUUCAGUGGAGAAAUUGCAGCAUUCAGCAGACAAAGCUAAAUCUGAGGUGGCCACCACGGAAGUGAGAUCUGGACAAUACAAUUGUAAGACAACCACUACCAAGGUUAAAUUUAAAGCCGCGAAGAAAAAGUGCUCUGUGGGUCGCUACCACACUGUUCUCAAUCACUCCAUCAAGGUUAUGAGCAAUGUGUUUGAGAACCUUAGCAAGGACGGCUGGGAGGAUGUGAGUGAAAGCAGCAGUGAUUCUGAAGCACAGACCUCUCAAAAUUUAGGAACAAUUAUUGUAGAAACAUCCCAGAAAAUAAGUCCCAUAGAAGAUGGAGGAGACCAGAAAGAAAGUGACCAAACAGAAGACAGCAAAAUGCAAGGAAAAGAAAUGGUGCAAAUAUAUUCAAAUACAGAUGGCAAGACCCCAAAGAAUUAUUUCCAUUACAAGAAUGCCAAAAAACCAACUUUUCAGAAGAAGAAUGGUAACAUACAAAAGAGUUCAUAUACAACGGUUCCUACCAGAGUUAACAGAGAAAAGAGGAAAAAUAUAACUGCCCAGAAAUCAAGUAGCAAUAUUAUUUUAUUACGAGAACGUAUUGUGUCUUUACAACAACAAAACAGUGUACUUCAGAAUGCCAAAAAAAUAGCAGAAUCAUCUGUCAAAGAAUAUAAAGAAAUCAAUGAAAAACUCCUUCAGCAACAGCAAGUAUCUGAUCAACGAUAUCAGACAAGCAGACAGACAAUAAAGAAGCUAAAUUUGGAUUUGGCUGGGCUUCGGAGGGAAAAAGAAGACUUGCUGAGGAAAUUGGAGUCCACAUCUGAAAUCACAAGUUUGGCAGAAGAAGUUUCCCGGGUGAUAGUUCCACGGAUACAAGUUACAUCACUUGGUCCUUCAAGGAGCAUGGAUUUGGAGAUGAAGCAAUUGCAGUGUAAAUUAAAGAAUGCAACUAAUGAACUCACUAAACAGUCGUCAAAUGUGAAGGCUCUGAAAUUUGAACUCCUAGCAAAAGAAGAACACAUAAAGGAGAUGCAUGAAAAGAUGUCUCGAAUGGAGAGGGAUAUAACCAUGAAAAGACAUUUGAUAGAGGACUUGAAAUUUCGACAGAAAGUAAAUCUGGAAAGUAAUGAGAGUAUUAAUGAAAUGUUAGAAAGUCUUGAAAAAAAGGUGAAGACACUAACUGAAGAAUGUUCCAACAAGAAAGUAUCAAUUGAUUCACUAAAGCAGAGACUCAGUGUUGCCGUGAAAGAGAAGUCACAGUAUGAACAGAUGUAUCAAAAAACUAAAGAGGAAUUAGAAAAAAAGGAUGUCAAGCUUAGUCUCCUAGUAUCAAAAAUAAGCGAGACCGAAUCUGCAAUGGCAGAGAUUGAAACAGCAGCAUCUAAGCAUCUUCAAGGAUUAGCGCUGCAAAGUGAGCAGGCCCUAGAAGGUGCACAGAAGAAGCUGCUAUUAGCCAAUGAGAAAGUGGAAGAGUUCACCAUCUUUGUGAAGGCUUUGGUUAAAGAGUUACAAAGUGAUGUCCAUGAGAUAAGGCAACAAAUUAAAGAGUUUCAAAAAAUGCGAAAAAACAGGGAUGCUCGCAAAACCUCAGCCCAUAAAGUCCAGACCUUGGCAGCUUCAAUCCUGAACAUUUCACGGUCAGAUCUAGAGGAAAUAAUGGAUACAGAAGAUGAAAUGGACAUAGAAAGGACAAGGAUAGAUGCUGAGAAUGACCGAGAAUGGCUGUUGUACAUUCAGAAACUUCUUGAAGGACAGCUUCCUUUUGCCUCCUAUUUACUAGAAGCAGUGCUGGAGAAAAUAAAUGAAAGAAAGAAACUAGUGGAAGGAUAUUUCACAAUUAUGAAAGAUAUUAGAUGAUAUUAAGAUGAAGAACUUUUUUCCAGAAGUGAAAACUUUUUGUGCAGUGUGACUGGAAAACAUGCAUUACCAUCCUGAUACAGUAUCUGCUCCAACUAUCAAUAGUCGGGUUCGAUACCAAAAUAAGAAGUCUCUGACACUAAUUAAUUGCUGAACAAGUGAAACUAAUUAAGUACAUAGCCAUUUAAAAGGAAAUAGUGUAGCGUUUGAUUGUUGAAUACAAAUAUUGCCACAAAUCAAUGCGAACUUAAAAAUGAUUUCCCUUCCAGUGCAUUUGAAGAAAUUAGAACAAUCUUGGACACACAAAUUGGUCUGAAUAUGGGAAGAAAAAGGUGUAAACUGAGGGUUUAAUGUUUUAAAUUUUAUAAAGACACUAGACUAUUGACAUAAAACACUAUAAAAGGCUUUAAAUAAUACAAUGAAGAACACAUUUGUAUUGUAAGCAAAUAUAAAAUGUGAAGCAUCAUUAUCUUAAGGAUGAGCAUUUAAUGAAAUAAAUUGUGUGGUCCAGUUUUAUCUGUUCUCAAAGUACUGGAUGACAUAGGAGAUACUGUAUUUUCCCAGAACUAUGUGGCAAAAAUAAAAACAUUUUCUCCUUCUCUCCCUUUCUUUUUUUAAGUUCACAAGACUUGGUGUGCUCCUCUAAAUUAGCAAGGGACCACAAACCCAGUGUCUAAAAUCAGGUCUAGCAUAACUCCUGCUGUGGUCAACUAAUUAAAGUUAAUUUCUUAACUUUAAAGUUAAAUUCUUAACAAUGAUGUCAUCUUUUUUAGAUUUCCAAAUAUUCUCACCCCAUUUCACCUUUUACCAUGCUCCUGCCGCGUGUGACCUUUUUAGGAAAAGGUUCCUCUAAUUCACCAAACUUCUGCCUGCCUCCAGCCUUUACUCUUGCUAUUCUUUUUCUGGAAUACUCUGUACUCAACUUAUCUCAUGACUGUCUCAUCAUGACUUUUCUCCUCAUUCAGGAUCACCUUACCUGUUCCCUCAGAGACACAUUCCCUGGCCAUCUUACUAUUUAAUUUCCUUUAUCACAGAAAAUUAUCUAUUUUACCUGUUCACGUAUUUAUUUUCCUGUUAAUUUGUCCUCCCCACCCCCUUUAGAAUAUAGGUCCCCUGAAAUUAAGGCAGUGGUUGACAAAUUAUGGCCCACAAGCCAAAUCUGGACUGCUACCUGUUUUUGUGUGUCCCACAAGCUAAGAAUAAUUUUUACAUUAUCAAAUGGUUUAAAACAAAAGGAGAAUAUAUUUUGUAGCAUGUGAAAGUUAUAUGAAAUUCAAAUUUUAAUGUCCAUCAAUAAAGUUUUAUUGG